AGCGAUUAAGUGGCUGUGUUUUUUAUCCGGAUAAUUAGUUGGUUAUUUUUGUGUAAAAACGACAUAUUUUAUGGAUUUUAUGACAUCCGAAAUCCGGAAGCUUUGCGUGUAACAGUAAAAGAGGUCCGGGUGGAUAUUUAGGUGAAAGGUCUCAGAGAUCCGCACUGACUGGGUCUUCUUGUCCUUCUGCUGAGUUCCGGGGUUUUUCUGCACAGACGGUGAAGUUUUUACUUAUUUAUUUCCUCCAGAAGUUCAACAUGUCUAAACAAACACAGACCAUCAGUCCGGGGAAAAACUUCCUCGCUGGUGGUUUUGGAGGCGUCUGUCUGGUGUUCGCAGGUCACCCUUUAGACACCAUCAAGGUGCGUCUGCAGACACAGCCCAUGCCAGGACCAGGUCAGACUCCUUUCUAUUCAGGGACCUUUGACUGCUUUAAGAAAACUCUCGCUAAGGAGGGGGUUCGGGGUCUGUAUAAAGGCAUGGCUGCUCCUGUUAUUGGAGUCACUCCUAUGUUUGCUGUGUGUUUUUUUGGUUUUGGACUUGGAAAGAAACUACAGCAGAAAAGCCCUGAUGACAUUCUCACGUAUCCUCAGCUGUUUGUGGCCGGUAUGCUCUCAGGUGUGUUCACCACCGCUAUCAUGACUCCUGGAGAGAGAAUCAAAUGUCUGCUGCAGAUCCAGGCAUCUUCAGGAGGGAUCAAAUACGCCGGGCCCAUGGACUGUGUGAAGCAGAUUUACAGAGAAAGUGGAAUCAGAGGCAUCUAUAAAGGCACAGCGCUGACACUCAUGAGAGACGUGCCGGCCAGCGGGAUGUACUUCAUGACCUACGAGUGGCUGAAGAACCUCCUGACUCCAGAGGGCAAGAGCCCGAAUGAGCUAAGUGUACCCAGUGUGCUGUUUGCUGGUGGUAUGGCAGGAAUCUUUAACUGGGCCGUCGCAAUUCCACCUGACGUCCUCAAAUCCCGAUUCCAGACAGCUCCGGAGGGGAAAUACCCUAACGGGUUCCGGGAUGUUCUGAGGGAGUUGAUCAGGGAAGAGGGCGUGGCUUCACUGUAUAAGGGCUUUAAUGCAGUCAUGCUCCGAGCCUUCCCUGCUAAUGCUGCGUGUUUCCUUGGUUUCGAGGUGGCCAUGAAGUUUCUCAACUGGCUUGCACCAAACUUGUGAUGUAUAUGAGACAGGGUCAUGGAAGAAUGUGAAUUUACAACACACACACACACACACACUGAUGUCCUUAAGAAUGACUGUGUUUUAUUGUUUUUAUUUUUUUUUUGCAGAGGAGUGAUGACGUGCCUUAUUACUAGAGUGUAAAGAGACUGUUGUUAACCGACGUGUAAUCAGAACCAGAUGUGUUACUCCAAAUCACUAAAAUACUGAGCAUAACCAAAUACCACAUCUGUAUCUGGUGUUCACACAGAUUUUGUAAAUGAACCCUCCAGAAAAACAGGAUCUCAGGAUUUUUAAACUUUCUAACACUUAUGGUUCUAAUUCUCACGUGUGUUUUUCAACAGGCUUUUUAUUCCAUAUAUUAAACCUGGCUUUGACCUCAGUCUCUGCUCCUCAGGGUGUGUGUGUGUGUGUGUGUGUGUGUGUGUCUUAGUCUCAAUUUUGUUUAUGUUAAACACUAAUUAUUAUUGACAAUAAAAAUAGAUCAUAAUUACAUAAAAAUAAUAAUCCUUGUCAAUAUUAUAAUAGUGAUGAUGGUGAUGAAGAUGAUAUGUCCUGAUCUGUGUAAAUCUCUUGCUGAAUAAAGUCAUGAAGUUUUUUGUCCAUGUUA